AAUCGAUAGGUUUUAGCAAUCGCGGUACCACGUUUCGGCUUCUACCAGCACUUGGAUUUCAGCUUUUGGUAUAUACAUCUUUAAUUCUUUAAAAUGGACUUACCCAUUGGUAAACGGGAGCAAGCCAAUGCCAAAAAACAGGUCGUAGAAGGUGGCCAAGAGUUGGUGGCAGAUAUGAACAAGAAUUUGGAUAGUCUGCCAUUGGCACAGUGCGAAUCGUGCUCGCAAUUGCACGAUGCUGCCAAGAAGUUCGAAGCAGCUCUUAAGGAGAACAUUACUGUGGACAAUUACAUAAAGCCGCUGUAUUCUUCGCUCAUAGAGCGCGCUAACCGGACCACAAAAAUAGAAAGUGCCACGUCGUUGCGUGACACUCUGAUUAAAUCUGUUGUCUUCGCAGUCAAAGGCAACGAUCUUCUCGCACAGAAGUUGACGGACGAAGAGAUACCAUCGAUCGCAUUGUGUCCUGCUGAGUUGUUGGAAAUGCUCGAAAUCUUACCCCCUGAGUAGUUUAUGCAAACAAUCAAUAUUUCCUUAUCUCAAACACAAGCCGUUCAAUCUUUUAAAGGAUUGGAUAGUAACGAAUCAGAAUCUAAGCAUACAUAAAUACCAGCAGGCUCUGCCAAACUUCGAUGUGGCAUAUUAUAGAUUCAUGAAUGACAGCUAAAGAAUAAAAGAAACCAUACGUUUAAUUAG